CUACCCCCAUAUUAAUGGAAGAAUCUAAUGGAUAUAAGAAACGCAUUCAUACUAUUAAGCUGCAUAUCAAUCUUUCUCUAACGCCAAUAUCAAAGUUUUAAUGGCUGUAUAACAAAAUACACACAGUCCGCAUGUUACUGAAUGAUUGUUUGGCCCCAAAUCUAUAAAUAACCUCUCUCUCCACCAUGAGACGGUAGCUAUUUUGGGUCUGGGGAUUUUGAGCUGUGUUUAGGGGUAGAGGUGCCAGGCGGACGAGACGGACACAGAUCGUUUCAGACCGUAUGAGAAGACCAUCCAAAUCACAGCGACUUUCUCUGCCUUUUCUUUAGUGUUUGUCAACAGAGCAAACACGAACAGGCGUCUACUAGCGUUUGAUGAAGACAGUCUGAGGUACUGGGAGUGAUCAUGAAGUCCACUCCUUCUCCUCCUCCAGCAUUUGUUCGAGUCAGCGAGCGAGACCUGACAGAGAUCGAGCUUCAUUCGGUCGACUCCAUCAAUGACCUGCACCGCACACACUCUGAACAGCACAGCAAAGGUGUUCAGCCACCCCGUCCACCACCUCCUUCCACCAACGGGAACCUCCAGAUGCAGGAUCGGGCAGUUGUUUAUCAAACAGGUCAACCAGUGAGAAGGCCCUGUGUGAGCCGACUGAAUGACAUUUGCACUUCCACUAGGCGACACUAUUUCUUAGCAUGUGCAGCCAUCAUUGCGUUCCUCCUUACUCUCAUUCUUAUCUUCAGUUUUUUAGUCCAGCAGAGCAGUGCUCUCCACACACUUCUGGAGAUGGUGAAACAGAAACAGGAAACAGCUGAAGACAUCUCCCAACUCUUACAACAACUGCACAAGCUGCACAUCAACCUCACAGGGCAGCGACCAUAAGAACAUAAGACUCGACACAAACACUACUGCACUGUGACAACACUGAGAGAAGAGCUCUGAUUAUGAGUCUGCUAAUGAUUGAGAACUUUACAUCAAUGUGUGAUUCUCUGUUUAAAGUCUUCUAUUACUCUGGUGCAAUCCAUUAGUCAGUUAUCUUGCUCAAAAACAUUCAGUUACUCUGUUUAAAAGACAAUAAUGUAGUGAUUUUUAAGUGUUUUUUCACCAGUAUUGUUUCGUACACUUGUAAAUUAGCUUCACUCCAGCAAAUGAUAAAACAAAACCACACUAGGAAAUAUGGAAAGAAUAUGAAUAAUAUAUUUUAAUUUGUUGAUAUCACUGUAAACAAACUUAUUAAAUUGUGAUAUAAAACAUGCUUGAUCGAGGAUGUUUUGAAUGAGCAAGAACAUUCACUAUGGAAAGUGAUUGCACAAUGACUGUAAAUAAUUAUAUAGACCAUGAUGUUCUAUUUAAUAAGAAAAAAAAUCAUUUUAAAAGAAAUAAAAAUAAAUGAUAAAUUACA